AGGAUCAAUGUAUUAAUGUUUACAUUAAUUUGUUUGCAUCAAUUUUUAAGUUUUCAUUUUGAAACAUACAUUGUUUUCAGAGGAUUCGGUUUUGUCACAUUUGCAACAUGUGAAGGGGUGGAUAGAAUACUUGCACAUGGUACACAUACUCUGGAUGGAAAGAAGAUUGAUCCAAAAGUAGCAUUUCCUAGAAGAGCCAAUCCUAAGAUGGUGACCAAAACAAAAAAAAUAUUUGUUGGUGGUCUCUCAGCCACAUCAACUGUAGAAGACGUUAAAGGAUACUUUGAACAGUUUGGGAAGAUUGAAGAUGUGCUCCUGAUGUUUGAUAAACAGACCAAUCGUCACCGGGGGUUCGGGUUCGUCAUUUACGAGAACGAGGACGUCGUUGACAAGGUCUGCGAGAUCCACUUCCACGAGAUAAACAAUAAGAUGGUUGAAUGUAAGAAAGCUCAGCCUAAAGAAGUAAUGCUACCAGCCAACCUAGCCAAGGGUCGAACUGCUGCCCGGGGUCUUGGUGAGUUACUCAUGGUUUCCCCAGGGUCUGGUGUACUGCAAACCCUUAGAUAUUCCCCUUACAGUGUACCUUCUACUAACACUGCAAUGGUGGCCAUGUCGCAGCCACAGCUGACUUUUUCAAACCCAAGCCCAGCGCCUCUGGUGUCACUUUCAGGAACUAACGGUUCCCUUCACAAUUUGUCUCAAUUGCAACUCUUUGGCUUGGAAAAUCCCCAUGCACAGAUCAGUCUGAAUCAGCUGUUGGCUGGUCAGCUGAAUCUAGGUUGUAAAACCGGUUCUUUCUCCUUCCCUAGCCACGCCCAGCUGAGCCAGCUUCAAGCCGGUCCAACCGGUUUGGGUCAGUUUCAGCCAGGACUUGGAUACAAUGUAUCCGACCUGCUUAACAUCCAGGGACUUCAAGGUUUACAAGGACUACAAGGAUACCAGGUCCCUGUAGGACUCUAAAAGGAGACUACAAGGACAGCAGGACCCUGUAAGACUCAAAAAAAAACCUUUUUUAUGUGAAUUUUAUCUGGACAAGGGUUAUCUUCCAAAACAUUACCAUCUUUGCUCAUGCUCAUGAUAAACUUAUUUUGGUGGAUUACACCCUCCAGGCAAACUCACAAAAAUCCAGAACUGAUCUUAAACCCCAAAGAAUUGGUCCUUCGAAUAAUUGGCUCAGCUUUGGAACUAAUUGGAGUUGUAAAUAUCCCAAAACCCAGGUUUUCAAUAAACAAAGUUCUAUGUAACUAUAUUUAUCUAUAUCCAACUGAUCCCAUCGAUUUUUGUGCUGUGACCCGGCCACUAGACUAUGCAGAAUCUUAUACCCUUGUAAACUAACAAAGAGAAUAUUAAAUACAGUUUGAAGUUUUACAUACGCUCACAAACUUGAUCAAAUAUUAAUUUCGGAACAAACUAUUAGUAUCUACACAAUGAGGAAAUCGUUCAGUGCAAAGUUUUAACAUUGCGAUGGCGGAUGUAUCUUUAAUUAAAAGGACUUAAGCGUAAUUUCAAGUGACCCUAGGCUUAUAGGCAAAGAUGACAAUGCCCGAUUUACAACAGUACCCUUGAACUUUAAUCUGAUACAAAUUUUGGAAGAACUGACUUGAUCAGACAAAGCUUUCAAAACCACUGAUUGAGGGUCAUUUGAAAUUAGGUUUACAGGUCUUUAAAACAAUAUAAAUGCGUCUGACUCCAACUCCACAAGCAUUGUGGUUGUCUCCCGUCGCUCUAUCAUUACAUUGCCAAUAUUAGCAAUAAAUCCAACGGAACUAUUUUCUUCAAAUACAAAUUUUAAACUGAAUUAGUAUUCUCUUUUGAUAUGAACAUUUUUCUUCCCUUGUUGUGCGAUAUUAUUGAACCCAAGUAUAUAACAUUAAUUCCUGUAUUUAUUAAGAAUUUGACAACAAAAGUAUGUCUUUAUAAUGUUGUUUUUACCGAUCCUGUAAUUUAUUGUUACGAGAAGACAAACCAGCAAAAAUGUUUAUCUAGAAAUUUAGUUUAGAACUUCAUCGUAGACCAAAGAUGUGUUUUAAUUUAAACUAGGGCAAAUUUGCCCUAAAAAGCUUUCAAGCAUUUAUUCCAAGAAAAAAAUAGCCUUUUUUCAAAUAGUAGACAAAUUAGAAUAUAUUACUAGAAACAUAUCACUAGAAUCCUCCAAAUUUAUCUAGUCUUAUACAAUUGGAACCUGGAAGCUAAACAGCAGUGCAAACAUUUUGCAUAUCAGUUUUUUAGCUUCAUCUCCAUCCAAAUGUUAGAAAAAAUGUCGACUCAACUUAAUGUUAGUUUUUUGAAUGUACGCCAACGAUGUUUAGAAAAAUAAGUAAUUGUAAAGGAACUGACCAAUUGCCUCAAACUCAUUUUUUCUUGUUGUCAUAUCUUUGUAACCUGGUAUAUUUCAUUCUGUGAAUUCAGUCACUGAGCAAAAAAUUGAAAUAUCUAAGAUUGGAAAGGUAGAGUUGUCAGUAAUGAGAGUUUAAGACAAUUAUUCACUUUCUUUUUGAACUAAGCAUCAGGCCAAUGUUAAAGAUGUUGCUUGUUCAAAUAUUGUUUAAAAUGUAUUUCCAUGAAUCCCUCUCUUCUAUGCAUCUAGCAAUAAGUAUCUGAUAUAUGUUAACUUGUAUGUUUAAAAAGAAUGAGAAAAUGUGUUGUUAAAGUAAUAUAAUUCCCAUCCCUAUCUCAUCUUGCCAAAAAAGCAUUUUCUGGAACCGGAAAGACAGUUUAGACGCAUUCUCUAGUGUAAACCUAGUAUUAGUAACUACCUGGGCCGACUGAAAAUAAAAUUUUGUUGCCGGAAGAAAAAAUUCAAAAUUGGCAAAUUUUAUAAAUUUUAUAAAUUGGCAAUUUUCUCCCUGGUUUCACCGGAAAUCACUUAUAUUCGAAUUUAUCAGAAUUUUCUCUUCAGUCGGCACAGAUUUCCGUCAAGUGCCCAACAUGUACGAAGCAAUAAGUAUUAGUUCUAGACAUUUAUAGAAGACAAUUUCUAGUAAUAUUUAGACUUUUUUACCAAAGUUUUUUACGAACUAUAUUUUUUACCCAUUUUUCCAGAACAUUGUAAAACCUAGCAAUUAUUCAAAUUUAGAUAUUUUUAGUUGUGUCCUUUCCGAGCAAACCAAAAGACUUCAGAAAACGAAUUUAAAGAAUUUAACUUGUGGCAUUAAAGACCCUUUUUUUUGAAAAUUUUGCCAUGAAACCAAAAUUUACAAAAGUCCAUAAUCCGUGUGAUUAUUAUAUUUAAUUCGUAUUAUUAAAUAAUUAUUUAUGAUUAUUAUUCAUUAUUUUCAAUGAAUAUGUCAAAAUUGUACCAAACUUGUAAAAUAUAUUUAAUGUACCGCAGAUUUUAGUUAGUUUAGUUAGAUAGAUAGAUUAACAAAUAAUAUGAGAGACUUUUGAAGUAUUUUUACCCCACACCCAUGUUGUUCUAAAUAUCCUUUAAACUAACAAAUUAAUAAUCUUUGAAAAGUUCUGCCAUGUAUGGAUAAUUUUUUCAAUUUUUAAUUUUACAUUUUUGUCAUUUCUAAAAAAAUUGGCUUAUACACCGUCUUACACUUCUUCACCUUGUUUAUCUUUACAAAAUGUUUCUAAAUUCUUUUUGGCAUUUUCUAAAAUUCAAUCAAUUUGUGGAAAAUAGAAUUUGUUAUGAAAUACAUCCAAUCCGAUCCA